CGGCGUGACGGGCUGAUUCCCCGGCGACGGGAUCUCCGUAGGCGUCGGCGCACAUGCCCUUUUGGACUGCCGCCCCAUCUUGCUGCAGGCAGCGCGCGCGACGCACCUUUCCCGCCUCGGCGCCGCCUCCGUUCUGCCCCCAGCCGCGUCGCGAGGCCACGGCGCGAGCCGCCGCACCGUCGCUGAUGAUCCGCGCCGCCGCCUUGACGCACUCGAGGCUCCUCCUGGCGCGCUCCUAUGCAAUGGCUGCCUCCAGUCGGCCUAGCUUCUGCAGGAACCUUCCAUUGCUGGGCCAUGUACGGUGCGGUUCCCAUUAUCUGGCAUGUGCAAGGCAAGAUGCUGAUGAGAUUAAAAUGUCGAGGAGAAGAUGGUGCCAUGGUUCGUCCGACAAUCAAGAGUUGGCAAGGAGGAGCUGUGUUCCAUGCAAUUCUAAGGAUAUACAUGCCAUGUCAGAAGAUUCUGCUAAGAAGCUGUUAGAACAGGUGGGUGGUUGGGAAUUAGCAGCCGAUGGUGACAUUCUAAAAUUGCACAGAGCAUGGAAGGUGAAGAAUUUUGUAAAAGGGCUCGAAUUCCUUCAACUUGUUGCUGCUAUUGCUGAGGAAGAAGGUCACCACCCUGAUCUUCAUCUUGUCAGCUGGAAUAAUGUGAAAAUUGAUGUUUGGACUCACUCUGUCAAAGGCUUAACAGAUAAUGAUUUCAUCCUUGCUGCGAAGAUCAAUAACCUCAAUCUAGAAGGCCUCUUAAGCAAGAAAGCUAAUGUCCAGAAUUAGUUCACGCAGAUGAGCCGACGGGAAGCAGUCCCAAAUGUUUUACAUGCUACGCUUGAUUUCUAACGAGAAAAUUGUACUGGGCUUGCUUUAGAUUAAAAUGCGUCUGAGGUUUUCGUUAAUUUUAUGAACUCUUCUUAAAUUUGCGACA